UUAUUUCCGCGUUCAUUCGGUACAGAAUGAUUUGAUAGAGAGAGGUGCAUACCUGAACCGUUGCGGUCCGCAAAACGCGCCGCCGAGCCAAGGCGAUAUUCUGAGAGAGGGGACCCCGGCAUUAGCAUUGCUUGGACACACGCUGCAGCAAGAACAUGCUCACCCGGGUGAAAUCAGCUGUGGCCAAUUUUAUGGGCGGUAUGAUGGCUGGCAGUUCGAACAGUGAACCUCUCGGUGGCUCCGAUUUACCGCUGAAAUACCCGUACACAAGACCGGAGUUUCUGGGACUGUCACCGGAUGAAAUCGAGUGCUCGGCGGAUCAUAUUGCUCGGCCGAUACUCAUUCUGAAAGAGACGAAGAGGCUGCCGUGGGCCACUGGUUAUGCAGAGGUGAUCAACGCGGGGAAGAGCCAUCUGAACGAAGACCAGGCAUGCUGUGAGGUGAUGGUGGUGAGGAGUAGACCCAGUGCCGGGGGCAACUCCACCUCCAACAGGCCCCCUACCACCCGGAGGAGGUCCUCUCUGCCCAAUGGAGAGGGGCUGGGGCUCAGGGAGAACACUGACAUGGAGCCCGGACUGACCUUCCACUACUGGGGUCUGUUUGACGGCCACGCGGGCUCAGGGGCAGCGGUGGUGGCAUCUAAGCUGCUCCAGCACCACAUCAUAGAACACCUCCAGGAGGUCCUGGAUGUCCUGAGGAACCCGGCCCAGCUGGCCCCCAUCAUCCAGGGGGAAGAGCCCACCAACUACCACCUCACCCCCACCACCCACCGGGGCAUCACCAGGGCCGCCUCCCUGCGGGGGGCUGCAGGGGCCCCCGGCUCCCCAAGCCACCCCCCGCCCACCAGGUUCUUCACGGAGAAGAAGAUCCAUCACGAGAGCAUGGUGAUGGGAGCCAUUGAGAACGCCUUUAAAGAGAUGGAUGCCCAGAUUGAGAGAGACAAGGCUGUGUUUAACAUCUCAGGAGGCUGUACUGCUCUGUGUGCACUCUUUUUAUUGGGAAAGCUCUAUGUUGGAAAUGCCGGGGACAGCAGAGCGAUCAUUAUCCAAGGUGGAGAGGUAAUCCCCAUGUCUACAGAGUUCACACCAGAGUCAGAGAGGCAGCGCCUGCAGUUCCUGGCCUACAUGCAGCCGCACCUGUUAGGAGGCGAGUUUACACAUCUGGAGUUCCCGAGACGUGUACAGAGGAAGGAGGUGGGGAAGAGGAUGCUUUACCGGGACUUCACUAUGUCUGGCUGGGCAUAUAAAACCAUUGAGGACGACGACCUGAAGUUUCCCCUAAUCUACGGUGAAGGGAAGAAGGCCCGUGUGUUGGCUACCAUCGGGGUCACCAGGGGCCUGGGAGACCACGAGCUCAAAGUGCAUGACUCCAACAUCUACAUCAAGCCCUUCCUGUCCUGCUGUCCCGAGGUCAAAGUGUACCCUCUGACGCAGUAUGAACAUGGGGUGGAUGACGUCCUGGUGAUGGGGACAGAUGGGCUGUGGGACGUCCUAUCCAACCAGGACGUUGCCGAGGCAGUCACUGGUUUUCUUGCCAACUGUGGCCCUGACGACCAGUAUAGGUACACGAUGGCAGCUCAGGACUUGGUGAUGAGGGCACGGGGGGUCCUGAAGGACCGAGGCUGGAGGAUAGCCAACGAACGUCUAGGCUCCGGAGACGACAUAUCUGUCUACAUCAUCCCUCUGAGGUACGGCAACCUGCAGACCUAGCCGUAGCCCAGCUCACCACACCACCACCCACCAUGGGACUCUAGACAGGUCUGUGUCCAAAAUGACACCCUAUAUAGUGCACUACUUUCGGCCAAGGCCAUGACAAGUAUUGCAUUAUGUAGGGAAUAGGGUGCAAUUGUAGGCUUCUCCCAACCGGCAGACCUAGCUAAGGUCCAGCUCACCACCCACCAUGGGACUCUAGACAGGCUGCCCCCCUCUACCAUCUAUCCUAUCCCCUCUGUCCUAAAAUCAAUGCCCUGGUGCUCACACAGUGCUUCAUCCCAAACGGUUUUCCUGAGGAAACAAGAUGGCUGCUGGUUGCUGUACAGUACAGGGUAGCAUGAUUGUUCUUGUCUCUUGUGAAAGGAAGGAAAAUCUCAGGAUGUUCCAAUAUACAGUACCUUCAGUUUCUUCUUGUGUUUCUGCGCUGCAAUGGAACAAGGGACAAUUCUGGAUUUAAAGGCCCACCGGGGCCAUGUAUUUUGAGUAAUUCAUAACCAACCCUUUGUUGUUUUUCAGUAGGCUACGGCUUCUGCAUUGCCAAAUAUUUUCUGAUGCAAUGGAAGAGUAUUGCUUUCACAAAAGCAAUACUUUUCUUAUGGAUAUCGCAUGGGGAAAGACAAAGGGACUCUCUCUUUCAAAGUGCAAUGCUUUAUGGGAUUGUUUUUUAUCCUUUUUAGAUGAGGUAUUGUUACUAUAUUACUGAUUAUGAACAAGUAAAAAUGCUUAGAAAUGAAUGGAUUUUAGAUAUCCAUGCUGUACAGUGUAAAGAACCUGUUUUGAACUGUCUGUAUAUACUGUACGUUAUGAAACCUAUCCUGUCCCUAUGAUCCAUUACGUACAUAAGUCACAGACCUAGACAGUACAAUCCUACCACAGACAAACUAUAGCGUUCAGCUUUCAGAACUAUUGUUUGGGUGUUCCUCUCCAAGUGUAAGGUGAAUGAAGUCAGUCUUAUGGUCGUUUUAUUGCCAGUGACAAUGUUAAUCUCUCAUUGUUUAUUUUUUCUUAAUUUUGACAGGUUUGUUUUUUCUUUGUCAUUGCGAUGACCCUGAAAGUGGAUUUACUUAAAGGAUGUGAAGAAACACAUUUUAUACAUAAUUGUGAAACAGCUACCUCAUGUUUUUGCUUUGUUUUAAACAAGAUAUCCAAUUCCUUGUCCCAGUUGAACCUUUUAUUUUCCUAUUUGUCAAAUACUUGUUUGCAUCAUCCUGUUUGCGUGCUCGUUUACUUUUCAAAUAUGAAACAGCCAUUCCUUAAUUAAUUGUCACUAGUUUUCAUACAAAUAUAGCUUAGUUUAGCUCUGUAACAAAAUAUUAGGAAAAGUGUUCUGUAUAGCGACAUGAAUAGGAUGUAAAAUGGGUCAAGUUUACUGAAUGUUCUUACAGCUGAAUCCUAAAUUGAGACAUGGUUGUCAUUUUAUCUUAUUGAGGCAAAUGCUUGAUUUAUGCAAAAGUUCAAGUUACGAGUGUGGAUCUCUCAUAUGAACAUUCAGUUCUUGAAGGCUGGAAUUACAUCCCUUAAGCAGAUACAUUGAUUAGCAAGUGCUUGGGAGAAACACAUGAGAUUAAAUUGAAUGCUGGUAUGAAAACUGUGGCUCUGUUUUUUGUUGUUUUUAAGUGAUCUUUACUUGUAGUUUACUGAACAUGUGUCACAACUCAGGGAGCUGUGUGACCAAUUCUCAUGCCGGAUGCUAUACAGAAAAUGUGUCUGUACCAGAGGAGGCUGGUGGGAGGAGCUUUAGGAGGACCGGUUCAUUGUACAGACUGGAAUGGAAUAAAUGGACUGGUAUCAAACAUGGAAACCAGGUUUGACGCUGUUCAUUCAAUGCCAUUCCAGCCAUUACAAUGAGCCUGUCCUACAGCUCCUCCCACCAGCCUCCUCUGCUCUGUACAGGAAUUCUUAUUUUAUCCUGAAUCCUUUUGUUAUUAUGCAGUCUGGUAUUUACACUUUGCUGAACAAUACUCUGCAAACUAACCAUUUAGGGCAUUAACCUGAAUCGAUUGCUGUUCAGAUACAGUAUGAAGGAUGUACAGUGUAUUCUUAUGUUUCCACCUCUUCCAUUUUCUGGAUUAGAAAAUGGAGGAUGUAAUGCCAGGUGAACUUCCUUUAUUCAAUGCAGUAUGAUGACAAUGUUCUUGGAUGUCCAGUCAUGAACUACGCUAAUGGACAUUGUACACAUCUCUCCUACUGCCGUGGGACCUCUACUGAUGCCACUGGCGAUCUAAAAACACUCACACAGUCACUAUGAUGUCAGAAUUUGGGACUUGCUAGAUGUCGUUUUAAGUUGAUUCAUCUCUUGAGUUGUUUAAAAACGUUGUUAGGGAGGUGUUGAUGUGUGUGUCGCUGACUAAGACCGCACUGUUUCUAAUCCAAUCAAAGUAGUCUAGUCAUGGCCUAAUCCAUGUUAAUUUGUCUCUGUUCCUUUUAAUGUAUUUGGCAUGUUUAUUUUAAAGCUGUUUCAAAGUGUUUUUGUUCUGAUAACAAACUUUACUAAUCUAUUUCUCUAUGACUGACCUGCUCAAAACAUUGCAGAAAGAGGCCCAGGGCUCUCUUCAGUCUGGAUCACCGAAGCGUUUCAGAUUGUGUGAUAGAAAUGUAAAGGUAAUUUCCAAUUGAGCCGAUUUAAGCAGUGUUUACCGUGAAUGCAGUCUCUGCUAGCGUGGGAACAUUGGCUUUACAUUUCAAUCACACUAUAACGCUAAACUUACUCAAUACAGUUGAAGUCGGACGUUUACAUACACCUUAGACAAAUACAUUUUAAACUCCGUUUUUCACAAUUCCUGAUAUUUAAUCCAAGUAAAAAUUAUUUUAGUUCUUUCAGGUUAUGCCGAUAUAGGACACGUUUUACUGUGGAUAUAGAUACUUUUGUACCUGUUUCCUCCAGCAUCUUCACAAGGUCCUUGGCUGUUGUUCUGGGAAUGAUUUGCACUUUUUGCCACAAAGUACGGUCAUCUCUAGGAGACAGAACGCGUCUCCUUCCUGAGUGGUAUAAGGGCUGUGUGGUCCCAUGGUGUUUAUACUUGCGUACUAUUGUUUGAACAGAUGAACGUGGUACCUUCAGGCGUUUGGAAAUUGCUUUCAAGGAUGAACCAGACUUGUGGAGGUCUCCAAUUUUUUUUCUGAGUUCUUGGCUGAUUUCUUUUGAUUUUCCCCUGAUGUCAAGCAAAGAGGCACUGAGUUUGAAGGUUGGCCUUGAAAUACAUCCACAUGUACACCUCCAAUUGACUCAAAUUAUGUCAAUUAGCCUAUCAGAAGCUUCUAAAGCCAUUCAACCAAGGGUAUGUAAACUUCUGACCCACUGGAAUUGUGAUUAAGUGAAAUAAUCUGUGUAAACAAUUGUUGGAAAAAUUACUUGUCAUGCACAAGGUCUUAACUGACUUGCAAAAACUAUAGUUUGUUAACAAGAAAUUUGUGGAGUGGAUGAAAAAUGUUUUGUAAUGACUCAAACCUAAGUGUAUGGAAACUUCCGAAUUCAACUGUAUGUAUUGAAUAGAGCCUGAAGCAGAAUGUAAACAUAAUUGUAAAUAAAAUGUAAAGGAUACUUCUAGAACAAUUCUCUCCUUUGUACAACUGUAUGUGCUCUACAUGGUUCUUAAGCCCCAAGUAAAGAAAUGAAGUAAACAGGCAUUUGCAAUGUUUUGGAAAAUGCAUAGAAGAAAAUAAUUUGAAGGAUUGCUUUUCAAAUGGAUUAAAAAUA